CUGGGAAGCCUGCCACCUUCUUCACCACCCCUCACAGAGCUGAGAACAGCCUGGUCUCUCCGGCUGCCACAGCAGGUCUGGCUGAGCAAUACGAGGAGGAGGAGAGCUCCAGGGAGCUACACCCAGGCGGCCCUUCACAGCAGAGAGCACAUCACAGUGCUUUUCUCCUGAACCUACCCUUAGCCCGGGAGGGCUCCUACAGAGACACAAAGCCUGAGGACACGCACAGAAGUGCCACUCCAGCUGCAGAAUACAUCCUUCAGAGGCUCCCUAGAAACAGAGACAUUUACUUCCUGAGGAACAACAGCAUCUGCUCUCUUCCAACUGGGAUGGUGAGCACACUAUCUGCUAUGUUCCUGACCUAAGGACCUAUAAUGGGCGGGCACCACUGUCUUUCUCCCUGCAUUGUCUGCUCUGGGCAGGGCUCUCUGCUGGGCUCCGUGGCCUUCCCAAGCGCACCUUCCAAUUACAAAGGAAAGGAGGGCUUUUUGGACCUGUUGACUGGCUCUGUGCACCACGUUAGGAGGUUUGUACCCGUUAUCCUUGGAUCCUCGUGACCACUAGCAACAGCAUUUAGGCUGUGGGAGAGACUCAGGACCCUACCCUAGGGCCUGGGACUCUCUCGACGUGGAUUCCACUCUGCAAUAAAUUCUACUCCCUGAGGCCAAAGAGCUUCAAGGAAGUGUUCACUUCUGCUCAGGGAGUCCUGAGGGAUGCGCUUGGAGAGAGAGAAGUCUGUUCAGAGCGCUGGUGAAAACAGGAACCGGCCCUCUGCCAGCAGCGCCUUCCUCCUUUCUAGCAGAGGAAGUAUGUGUUAGCAACUGCGGGACUUCUCAAUAGCAUGGGCUUCUCCUCCAUGCCCGCCCACGCUCCGGCCGCCUGCUUCAGGAGCAGCAGCAGCUGAUGGAGAGGAGGUGACCCGGGCCUGGAGGCCGCUCUGCAGCUGGCUCCCCAGGGAAGCCAUGCCCAGUGUUUGAAGACUUCAAGCAUCUCUGGCAGCCCCAGGGAACAGAGACAUGGGCAACAGCAUGAAAUCCACCCCUGCGCCCCCGGAGAGGCCUUUGCCCAGCACAGAUGGGCUGGAGAGUGAUUUCCUGGCUGUGCUGAGUGAUUACCCGUCUCCUGACAUCAGCCCCCCGAUAUUCCGCCGAGGGGAGAAAUUACGUGUGAUUUCUGAUGAAGGAGGCUGGUGGAAAGCCAUUUCUCUCAGCACCGGCCGAGAGAGCUACAUCCCUGGAAUCUGUGUGGCCAGAGUGUACCAUGGCUGGCUGUUUGAAGGGCUAGGCAGAGAUAAGGCGGAGGAGCUGCUGCAGCUGCCAGACACAAAAGUGGGCUCCUUUAUGAUCAGAGAGAGCGAGACCAAGAAAGGUUUCUACUCGCUGUCAGUGCGACACAGGCAGGUGAAGCACUACCGCAUCUUCCGCCUGCCCAACAACUGGUACUACAUCUCGCCCAGGCUCACCUUCCAGUGCCUGGAGGACCUGGUCAACCACUACUCUGAGGUGGCCGAUGGCCUGUGCUGUGUGCUCACCACACCCUGCCUGGCGCAGAGUAUGCCCACCCCUGCAGUACGGGCCCCCAGCUCCCCUGUCAUCCUGCGCCAGAAGACCUUCGACUGGAGAAGGGCGUCCAGACUACAGGAGGAUCCUGAGGGAGCAGGGAACCCGCUCGGGGUGGAUGAGUCCCUUUUCAGCUACGGCCUUCGGGAAAGCAUCGCCUCCUAUCUGUCCCUGACCUCGGAGGACCCCAGCCCCUUUGAUCGCAAGAAAAAGAGCAUCUCCCUGAUAUACAGCGGGAGCAGACGCAAGAGCUCGCUCUUCUCUGCACCACAGUACUUCGAAGACUAGCUGAGGACUGGCACUGACUUCUGCUCACAGGACAGAGGUCCUGGCUGUCACCUGGGGUCUUCUCUGGUCCCUGGAUGCCUCAUGCCUUUCAGAAGCCAAGAGAAGCUGCGAGGAGACGCAACUGAAAUCUCCUGUACCCACAUGACGACCAAAGAACCUCGCUUGGCAUCUUAGCAGCACUGUGACAUCCUGGCAGGCUAAGCGAUAGAGCCAUGGGCCAAUGUUUGAGAGCCCAACAAUGCACACCAUGUGUGGCAGGGGAGAGGAUAUUCUCACAGGAAAGCACUCUCCAGCACAGGGUCCAGACAGCCUGCCACCAGGCCUCAGCUGAUUUCUAGCUGAGCUGAACAGGAAGAAAGACCCACAAAGGGGAGGCCCAGAAGGGCAGGGUCUGCAGAUGUGGCCCUUCGCGAACCCAGAGCUGCCCUCAAUGUUGUAUGAAGACUUUUGGGACAUAAUGCACUGCCUCUCUUUCCAAGGGACCCCCCAACACUACACACUCUAGCUUGAAGGUCUUAGUAGCUGUGCACCAGGAAGAGCCUUUGCUAUUCUCGUGUUCCAGCCCCAUGUGGGCAGCAGGGCCUUGGGGGAGAGGGAGGCUGCUCGCUCCCUCUGGAGUAUAUGACUUCUGACUGGCCCCAGGCAUGGCCACAGCGCAGAAAGGCGCCUCAGCUGCUGGGAAGCUUGCCUGUGCAAAUGCACCCGUUAUUUUUUUCCCUCUUGAUCUCCAAAAGAAAUGCUUUGUGACAUCCUGUGUAAGAGUCAGACCAGAAAAAAACAAAAAAAACAAACCCUAGCCCUGAACAGAGAGCACAUAGUGGAGACAGGGAAAAAUAUAUAUACAGAUGACAUAAAAGUGAGUAGAAGGUAGAAAUCACCACAGCUUAAGAAGGGGUAGGAGAUAGGCAAGGUGACCCAGGCUCUAUUGGGAGUGUAGGAUCACGUAGGGAAAUGGAUGAGUUCUAAAGAACUGAUUUAGUUCGUAUGUGAUUCUAAGAAGAGUCUGGCAUAUGUGGGAAUGAGAGAUGCCAAGCUCCAGGGAAAAGGGGCCCCCUUUGUGGCUGAAUCUUGCUGAGUGUUUGUGUAAUUGUAAGAGAUGAGUGGUGAAUGCGGGGCGGGGGAAGCAUUGGUCCAGGUUGGGGAGGGAGUGGCUGCAGGGAACCAGGGCUCACAGCUCCUGCUCCUGAGGGCUGGGGAGGAGGCAUGUGGGUAGGUUAUACCGCAUCUGCUGGCCCCACCCAAGCCUGGCCCUGCCUCGGUGUCUACAGUGUCGCGUGCCCUCAGGCUCCAGGCUGUUUACACAAGGAGCCCUGUGUUUUCGGUAAUAACCCUGAGAUUUAGGAAGCUUCAAAAGGACCAGUGUGUGAGGAAGGACAACAGCAGGACAGCGGCGCCCACCGGUCGGGUACCUCUGGGCUCUGACAUCUGCCCGGCACCCUCUGCAUUGUUUUCUGUAUGACCACUGUGACUGGAGCCUCUGGAGAGCACUAGGUGGUGUGGAGGGGGGGUUGUAAGGGGGAAGCAUUACACUUCUUCGCUCAAUCAUGUAUUUAUUCCUGAUUAAUGUAAGCCUAAUAAAUAUUUAACCCUGGGCA